AAUCUUUCAAAAAAUAGUCUUAUACAAAUCACUUUUAAUUGCUAGUCAUUUUUUCAAUUUUAUCUGUUAUAGCAUUAUUAUUGCUACAAUAAAGAUUUUUCAUAAUGGCACGUAGAUAUGAUACACGCACAACAAUAUUUUCUCCUGAAGGUCGUCUUUAUCAAGUAGAAUAUGCAAUGGAAGCUAUAAGUCAUGCAGGUACUUGUCUUGGUAUUUUAGCAACUAAUGGUAUUCUACUUGUAGCAGAAAGACGCAAUAUAAAUAAAUUAUUGGAUGAAGUAUAUUAUUCUGAAAAAAUUUAUAAACUCAAUGAUGAUAUUGUUUGUUCUGUUGCUGGUAUUACUUCUGAUGCUAAUGUAUUAACAAAUGAAUUACGUUUAAUUGCACAACGUUAUUUAUUACAAUAUGGAGAACCAAUUCCUUGUGAACAACUUGUUUCUUGGCUUUGUGAUGUAAAACAAGCAUAUACACAAUAUGGUGGAAAGAGACCUUUUGGUGUUUCUAUUCUAUAUAUGGGAUGGGAUAAACAUUAUGGAUAUCAGUUGUAUCAGUCAGAUCCUAGUGGAAAUUAUGGAGGUUGGAAAGCAACUUGUAUUGGACAUAAUUCUGCUGCUGCAGUAUCAUCAUUAAAGCAGGAAUAUGAUAAUAAUAAUAUUACUUUAGAAGAAGCUAAAGCAUUGGCUAUAAAAGUGCUUUCUAAAACUUUAGAUCUUAAUAAAUUAUCUGGAGAUAAAGUGGAAAUGGUUACUUUAACAAGAGAAAAUGGUAAAACUAUUACAAGAAUUCUUCCUAUGAGUGAAGUAGAUGCUUUGAUUGCAGAACAUGAUCGAUUAGAAGCACUUGCUGAACAAGCCAAAAAAGAAAAGCAGAAGUUAUGAAAAGAAAAAUAUAUGUAUAUUUUGCAUUUUUCUUAUAUUUAUAAUAUUUUCAUAAAAUUCUAUCAAUUUUCUUAUAUGUAACAUUAUAUGUAACAUUCAAUUCUUCAAUGGAACAUAAAAACAAUAUCUAUGUUCUUUUGUAUACAAUUCUAUGUUGAAGAAAAAUUAUAAAAUGUGAAUAUAAGAAAAAAAUAAAAGUAAAUAAAUUUCCUA